AUGUCUGCUUACCUCAUGUCCAGAAAUUGCAUUGUGUCCACAAUGAGUAUGAGCCAGAAGAAGGAUGCCAGAAAAGGCAGAAACAAAAAGAAGAACAUGGUCACCGUACCCAUUGUGAAGCCUUCUGCUGACCCUUAUGCAAACCUGGUGCCAGCAGAUUUGUACGACCUGGAUGAUUCAGAAGACGAGUUUGGUGAGGAUAAAAACCAAAAACACAGGAUCGAGGAUACGUCUGUGAAUCAACGGAGAUAGUCCUUGAGCCAAGAACCAAAAUUUCACAUAUCGGUACCACCUGGGUGGGCAAAUUCUAGUUGUGAUUUCUCUAUUGCUAUACAUCCCUACAAUAAGUUUUUAAAUGAUAGACCUUGGUAACUGGUAGCUUUAUUGUAGUUAUCACUUAUUAAAGUAAUAGAGUGCAGCUGUUCAAAAACGAAAAAUCGCCUUCCUUCAAAAUCAGCUUUCUUUCAUUUUAACCUCUCAUUUAGGUGUGUUUGAACUAUUGGCUAGCCAUAGAGACUUGUAUUAACCCCCUAAGUAGUAUUUCAAGUAAUUUAUCUAAUACAGGUGUGUAUAUAUAAGCUUCAAUUAGCCAAUUGUCAGGUCUAAAUCAAGGUCUAAAUUAAGGAUAUUUUUUGACUUAGAAGUAGAAGUAAAAUAAAUGCAGACUAAUAGCAUUAUUAUAACACAACUUUAAUAUGACACUGACAUAUUUUAAAUGUAGGCACUCAAUAUACAAUCAUCCUGGCUGGUGCAGGGCAAGAAGACAUUAGCAACAAAAUACGAUCUACUGAUGUAUACGCUCUAUACAAUCAUCUGAGAAAAACUCAAAUUCCUAUUCAAAGUCCUAUUCUUUCCAUAAGGAACAGUGACAGCAAAUAUGACUGUCAAGUUUUGGCUUAGUACAUAAUACUGUCACUGAGUCACAGUGGGUCUGUUAACAUAGCUCCCUUUGGUCAUCGUUUAUUAAUCAACAUCAGUAAUCGACAUCAGUAUCUGUAUCUUCUUCUACAUCUGAAUCUGCCGGUGUGCAAGGGGCUCUUCCUCACUGUAUUGGUUGGCACAAGUUUGUAAUUUGCACAGGUUUGUGCGCUUCAGCCCAUUGCUGAGACAGGUGCAGUCUGGUGGUUUGCAUGUCCUCACACACUUUGCUGUCACUGUUCCUUAUGGAAAGAAUAGGACUUUGAAUAGGAAUUUGAGUUUUUCUCAGAUGAUUGUACAGAGUGUAUACAUCAGAAGAUCUUAUUUUGUUGCUAAUGUCUUCUUGCCCUGCACCAGCCAGGAUGAUUGUUUAUUGAGUGCCUGCAUUUAAAAUAUGUCAGUGUCAUAUUAAAGUUGUGUUAUUAUAAUGCUAUUAGUCUGCAUUUACUUUACUUUACUUCUAAGUAAAAAAUGUAGACCUGACAAUUGGCUAAUUGAAGCUUAUAUAUACACACCUGUAUUAGAUAAAUUACUUGAAAUACUACUUAGGGGGUUAAUACAAGUCUCUAUGGCUAGCCAAUAGUUCAAACACACCUAAAUGAGAGGAUAAAAUGAAAGAAAGCUAAUUUUGAAGGAAGGCGAUUUUUCAUUUUUGAAAGCUGCACUCUAUUACUUUAAUGAGUGAUAACUACAAUAAAGCUACCAGUUACCAAGGUCUAUCAUAUAAAAACUUAUUGUAGGGAUGUAUAGCAAUAAAAAAAUCACAACUAGAAUUUGCCCACCCAGGUGGUACCGAUAUGUGAAAUUUUGGUUCUUGGCUCAAGUGCUAUGAUACCUGAAAGAACUGCUCCACCAUCAAAUUGGGCCACUCCCACUUCAUCAACUCAUUUAAUUAGACACAGGUUUGAUUCAUUUAUAGAAAAGAGCAGUGUGACCCAAAAAGAGUAUGACUUUUAAUGUGCUUUUGACUUUCUGUGUUGCUUUUGGAGUUAACAAAAAUUCUCCGAUUGAGGAAAAUAACAAAAUGAGAAAAAAUAUAAAAAGCUACCCCUAUGAAAAGUCUAUCAUAUUUUAAUUUACUUAUAUUGACCCUAAAAAAAAUUUUGUAUAUGUAAGGUUUUGCCCACCCAAGUGGUACCGACAUCUGGUCUGGCUCAUGGACUAAGAGGAAAAGAAGAGCGCUCUCCUGAUCCGACUAGCCUCUGAGGCUACAGCCGAAGAUGAUCUCGACGAGGGAGACACUGAAGGUGAGUAUAAGAACCAAAAACACAGGAUCGAGGAUACGACUGUGAAUAAACGGAGAGAGAAAAAAAGCGCUCUCCUGAUCCCGCUAGCCUCUGAGGCUACAGCCGAAGAUAAUCUCGACGAAGUAAAAAAGGGCAGACUGCGGUGGAGCGAGGACGACGAGGGAAACACUGAAGGUGAGUAUAAAAACCAAAAACACAGGAUCGAGGAUACGACUGUGAAUCAACGGAGAGGGAAAAAAAAGCGCUCUCCUGAUCCAGCUAGCCUCUGAGGCUACAGCUGUAGACGAUCUCGACGAGGGAAAAACACUGAAGGUGAGUAUAAAAAUCAAAAACACAGGAUCGAGGAAAAGGCUGUGAAUCAACGGAGAGGAAAAGAAUAGCACUCUCCUGAUCCGCCUCUGCGGCUUCAGCCGUAGAUGAUCUCGACGAGGGAAAAAUACUGAAGGUGAGUAUAAAAACAGAAAACAAAGGAUCGAGGAUACGACUGUUAAUCAACAGAGAGGAAAAAGCGCUCUCUAUCUGGCUAGCUAGCAGCUACAGCCAUAGACGAUCUCGACGAGGGAGACACUGAAGGUGAGUAUAAAAAUCAAGUACACAGGUCUGAGGAUACGUCUGUGAAUCAACGGAGAGGAAAAAGCGCUAUCCAGAUCUGGCUAGCUAGCGGCUACAGCGGUAGACGAUCUCAAUAAGGGGAAAAUACUGAAGGUGAGUAUGAAAACCAAAAACACAGGAUCGAGGAUACGACUGUGAAUCAACGGAGAGAAAAAAAAAGUGCUCUCCCGAUCCAGCUAGCCUCUGAGGCUACAGCCGAAGAUAAUCUCGACGAGGGAAAAACACUGAAGGUGAGUAUAAAAACCAAAAACACAGGAUCGAGGAAAAGGCUGUGAUUCAACGGAGAGGAAAAAGCGCUGUCCUGAUCCUGCUAGCCUCUGAGGCUACAGCCGAAGACGAUCUCGACGAGGGAAAAACACUGAAGGUGAGUAUAAGAACCAAAAACACAGGAUCGAGGAUACGACUGUGAAUCAACGGAGAGAAAAAAAAAGCGCUCUCCUGAUCCGGCAAGCCUCUGAAGCUACAGCCGAAAACGAUCUCGACGAGGGAGACACUGAAGGUGAGUAUAAAAAUCAAGUACACAGGUCCGAGGAUACGUCUGUGAAUCAACGGAGAGGAAAAAGCGCUAUCCAGAUCUGGCUGGCUAGCGGCUACAGCGGUAGACGAUCUCAAUAAGGGGAAAAUACUGAAGCUGAGUAUAAAAACCAAAAACACAGGAUCGAGGAUACGACUGUGAAUCAACGGAGAGAAAAAAAAAGUGCUCUCCCGAUCCCGCUAGCCUCUGAAGCUACAGCCGAAGACGAUCUCGACGAGGGAGACACUGAAGGUGAGUAUAAAAACCAAAAACACAGGAUCGAGGAUACGACUGUGAAUCAACGGAGAGGAAAAAAAAGUGCUCUCCUGAUCCGGCUAGCCACUGCGGCUACAGCCGAAGACGAUCUCGACUAGGGAAAAAAAAUGAAGGUGAGUAUAAAAACCAAAAACACAGGAUCUAGGAUACGACUGUGAAUCAACAGAGAGAGAAAAAAAAAGCGCUAUCCUGAUCCGGCUAGCCACUGCGGCUACAGCCGAAGAUAAUCCGACGAGGGAGACACUGAAGGUGAGCAUAAAAACCAAAAACAAAGGAUCGAGGAUAUGUCUGUGAAUCAACGGAGAGGAAAAAGCGCUAUCCUGAUCUGGCUAGCUAGCGGCUACAGCCAUAGACGAUCUCGACGAGGGAAAAAAACUGAAUGUGAGUAUUAAAAACCAAAUACACAGGAUCGAGGACUCGACUGUGAAUCAACAGAGAGAAAAAAAAAAGCGCUCUCCUGAUCCGGCUAGCCUCUGCGGCUACAGCCGAAGAGAAUCUCGACGAAGUAAAAAAGGGCAGACUGCGGCUGAGCGAGGACGACGAGGGAAAAACACUGAAGGUGAGUAUAAAAACCAAAAACACAGGAUCGAGGAUACGACUGUGAAUCAACAGAGAGAAAAAAAAAAGCGCUAUCCUGAUCCGGCUAGCCACUGCGGCUACAGCCGAAGAUAAUCCGACGAGGGAGACACUGAAGGUGAGCAUAAAAACCAAAAACAAAGGAUCGAGGAUAUGUCUGUGAAUCAACGGAGAGGAAAAAGCGCUAUCCUGAUCUGGCUAGCUAGCGGCUACAGCCAUAGACGAUCUCGACGAGGGAAAAAAACUGAAUGUGAGUAUUAAAAACCAAAUACACAGGAUCGAGGACUCGACUGUGAAUCAACAGAGAGAAAAAAAAAGCGCUCUCCUGAUCCGGCUAGCCUCUGCGGCUACAGCCGAAGAGAAUCUCGACGAAGUAAAAAAGGGCAGACUGCGGCUGAGCGAGGACGACGAGGGAAAAACACUGAAGGUGAGUAUAAAAACCAAAAACACAGGAUCGAGGAAAAGGCUUUGAAUCAACGGAGAGGAAAGAAAAGUGCUCUCCUGAUCCAGCUAGCCUCUGAGGGUACAGCCGAAGACGAUCUCGACGAGGGAAAAACACUGAAGGUGAGUAUAAGAACCAAAAACGCAGGAACGAGGAUAUGACUGUGAAUCAACGGAGAGAAAAAAAAAGCGCUCUCCUGAUCCCGCUAGCCUUUGCGGCUACAGCCGAAGACUAUCUCGACGAGGGAAAAACACUGAAGGUGAGAAUAAAACACCAAAAACACAGGAUCGAGGACUCGACUGUGAAUCAACAGAGAGAAAAAAAAAAGCGCUCUCCUGAUCCCGCUAGCCUCUGCGGCUACAGCCGAAGAGAAUCUCGACGAAGUAAAAAAGGGCAGACUGCAGCUGAGCGAGGACGACGAGGGAAACAUUGAAGGUGAGUAUAAAAACCAAAAACACAGGAUCGAGGAUACGACUGUGAAUCAACGGAGAGGAAAAAAAAGUGCUCUCCUGAUCCAGCUAGCCUCUGAGGCUACAGCCGUAGACGAUCUCGACGAGGGAAAAACACUGAAGGUGAGUAUAAAAACCAAAAACGAAGGAUCGAGGAUACGUCUGUAAAUUAACGGAGAGGAAAAGAAAAGCGCUCUCCUGAUCCCGCCUGUCUCUGUGGCUACAUCCGAAGAUAAUCUCGACGAAGUAUAAAAGGGCAUACUGCGGCUGAGCGAGGACGACGAGGGAAACACUGAAGGUGAGUAUAAAAACCAAAAACAUUGGAUCGAGGAUACGACUGUGAAUCAACAGAGAGGAAAAAAAAACGCGCUCCUGAUCCCGCCUGCCUCUGUGGCUACAUCCGAAGAUAAUCUCGACGAAGUAUAAAAGGGCAUACUGCGGCUGAGCGAGGACGACGAGGGAAACACUGAAGGUGAGUAUAAAAACCAAAAACAUUGGAUCGAGGAUACGACUGUGAAUCAACAGAGAGGGAAAAAAAACGCGCUCCUGAUCCGGCUAGCCUCUGCGGCUACAGCCGAAAACGAUCUCGACGAGGGAGACACUGAAGGUGAGUAUAAAAACCAAAAACACAGGACCGAGGAUACGACUGUGAAUCAACGGAGAGGAAAAAGCGCUAUCCUGAUCUGGCUAGCUAGCGGCUACAGCCAUAGACGAUCUCGACGAGGGAAAAAAUCUGAAGGUGAGUAUAAAAACCAAUUACACAGGAUCGAGCAUACGACUGUGAAUCAACAGAGAGAAAAAAAAAAAGCGCUAUCCUGAUCCGGCUAGCCUCUGAGGCUACAGCCGAAGACAAUUUCGACGAGGGAGACACUGAAGGUGAGUAUAAAAAUCAAGUACACGGGUCCGAGGAUACAUCUGUGAAUCAACGGAGAGGAAAAAGCGCUAUCCUGAUCAUGCUAGCUAGCGGCUACAGCCGUAGACGAUCUCGACAAGGGAGACACUGAAGGUGAGAAUAAAAACCAAAAACAAAGGAUCAAGGAUUCGUCUGUGAAUCAACGGAGAGGAAAAAGCGCUAUCCUGAUCUGGCUAGCUAGCGGCUACAGCCAUAGACGAUCUCGACGAGGGGAAAAAACUGAAGGUGAGUAUAAAAACCAAUUACACAGGAUCUGGGAUACGACUGUGAAUCAACAGAGAGGAAAAAAAAACGCUCUCCUGAUCCAGCUAGCCUCUGAGGCUACAGCUGAAGACAAUUUCGACGAGGGAGACACUGAAGGUGAGUAUAAAAACCAAAAACAAAGGAUCGAGGAUACGUCUGUGAGUCAACGGAGGGGAAAAGAAAAGCGCUCUCCUGAUACUAGACACCAAAAACACAGGAUCAAGGAUUCGUCUGUGAAUCAACGGAGAGGAAAAAAAAGCGCUCUCCUGAUCCGGCAAGCCUCUGAAGCUACAGCCGAAAAUGAUCUCGACGAGGGAGACACUGAAGGUGAGUAUAAAAAUCAAGUACACAGGUCCGAGGAUACGUCUGUGAAUCAACGGAGAGGAAAAAGCGCUAUCCAGAUCUGGCUAGCUAGCGGCUACAGCGGUAGACGAUCUCAAUAAGGGGAAAAUACUGAAGGUAAGUAUAAAAACCAAAAACACAGGAUCAAGGAUUCGUCUGUGAAUCAACAGAGAGGAAAAAAAAACGCUCUCCUGAUCCGGCAAGCCUCUGAAGCUACAGCCGAAGACGAUCUCGACGAGGGAAAAAAACUGAAGGUGAGUAUAAAAACCAAAAACACAGGAUCUAGGAUACGACUGUGAAUCAACGGAGAGAGAAAAAAAAAGCGCUAUCCUGAUCCGGCUAGCCACUGCGGCCACAGCCGAAGAUAAUCCGACGAGGGAGACACUGAAGGUGAGCAUAAAAACCAAAAACAAAGGAUCGAGGAUAUGUCUGUGAAUCAACGGAGAGGAAAAAGCGCUAUCCUGAUCUGGCUAGCUAGCGGCUACAGCCAUAGACGAUCUCGAUGAGGGAAAAAAACUGAAUGUGAGUAUAAAAACCAAAAACACAGGAUCGAGGAAAAGGCUUUGAAUCAACGGAGAGGAAAGAAAAGUGCUCUCCUGAUCCAGCUAGCCACUGAGGCUACAGCCGAAGACGAUCUCGACGAGGGAAAAACACUGAAGGUGAGUAUAAGAACCAAAAACACAGGAACGAGGAUACGACUGUGAAUCAACGGAGAGAAAAAAAAAACGCUCUCCUGAUCCUGCUAGCCUUUGCGGCUACAGCCGAAGACUAUCUCGACGAGGGAAAAACACUGAAGGUGAGAAUAAAACACCAAAAACACAGUAUCAAGGAUUCGUCUGUGAAUCAACGGAGAGGAAAAAAAAGCGCUCUCCUGAUCCGGCAAGCCUCUGAAGCUACAGCCGAAAACGAUCUCGACGAGGGAGACACUGAAGGUGAGUAUAAGAACCAAAAACACAGGAUCGAGGAUACGACUGUGAAUCAACGGAGAGAAAAAAAAAACGCUCUCCUGAUCCCGCUAGCCUUUGCGGCUACAGCCGAAGACUAUCUCGACGAGGGAAAAACACUGAAGGUGAGAAUAAAACACCAAAAACACAGGAUCGAGGACUUGACUGUGAAUCAACAGAGAGAAAAAAAAAAAGCGCUCUCCUGAUCCGGCUAGCCUCUGCGGCUACAGCCGAAGAGAAUCUCGACGAAGUAAAAAAGGGCAGACUGCAGCUGAGCGAGGACGACGAGGGAAACAUUGAAGGUGAGUAUAAAAACCAAAAACACAGGAUCGAGGAUACGACUGUGAAUCAACGGAGAGGAAAAAAAAGUGCUCUCCUGAUCCAGCUAGCCUCUGAGGCUACAGCCGUAGACAAUCUCGACGAGGGAAAAACUGAAGGUGAGUAUAAAAACCAAAAACACAGGAUCGAGGAUACGUCUGUAAAUCAACGGAGAGGAAAAGAAAAGUGCUCUCCUGAUCCGGCUAGCCUCUGAGGCUACAGCCGUAGACGAUCUCGACGAGGGAGACACUGAAGGUGAGUAUAAAAACCAAAAACACAGGACCGAGGAUAUGACUGUGAAUCAACGGAGAGGAAAAAGCCCUAUCCUGAUCUGGCUAGCUAGCGGCUACAGCCAUAGACGAUCUCGACGAGGGAAAAAAUCUGAAGGUGAGUAUAAAAACCAAUUACACAGGAUCGAGGAUACGACUGUGAAUCAAAAGAGAGAGAAAAAAAAAGCGCUAUCCUGAUCCAGCUAGCCUCUGAGGCUACAGCCGAAGACAAUUUCGACGAGGGAGACACUGAAGGUGAGUAUAAAAAUCAAGUACACGGGUCCGAGGAUACAUCUGUGAAUCAACGGAGAGGAAAAAGCGCUAUCCUGAUCUUGCUAGCUAGCGGCUACAGCCGUAGACGAUCUCGACGAGGGAAAAAACACUGAAGGUGAGUAUAAAAACCACAAACACAGGACCGAGGAUACGACUGUGAAUCAACGGAGAGGAAAAAAAAGUGCUCUCCUGAUCCAGCUAGCCUCUGAGGCUACAGGCGAAGACGAUCUCGACGAGGGAGACACUGAAGGUGAGUAUAAAAACCAAAAACAAAGGAUCAAGGAUUCGUCUGUGAAUCAACGGAGAGGAAAAAGCGCUAUCCUGAUCUGGCUAGCUAGCGGCUACAGCUAUAGACGAUCUCGACGAGGGGAAAAAACUGAAGGUGAGUAUAAAAACCAAUUACACAGGAUCGAGGAUACGACUGUGAAUUAAUGGAGAGGAAAAGAAAAGUGCUCUCCUGAUCCCGCCUGCCUCUGCGGCUACAUCUGAAGAUAAUCUCGACGAAGUAUAAAAGGGCAUACUGCGGCUGAGCGAGGACGACGAGGGAAACACUGAAGGUGAGUAUAAAAACCAAAAACAUUGGAUCGUGGAUACGACUGUGAAUCAACAGAGAGGAAAAAAAAACGCGCUCCUGAUCCGGCUAGCCUCGCCGGCUACAGCCGAAAACGAUCUCGACGAGGGAGACACUGAAGGUGAGUAUAAAAACCAAAAACACAGGAUCGAGGAUACGUCUGUGAAUCAACGGAGAGGAAAAAGUGCUAUCCUGAUCUGGCUAGCUAGCGGCUACAGCCAUAGACGAUCUCGACGAGGGAAAAAAUCUGAAGGUGAGUAUAAAAACCAAUUACACAGGAUCUAGGAUACGACUGUGAAUCAACGGAGAGGAAAAAAAAGCGCUCUCCUGAUCCAGCUAGCCUCUGAGGCUACAGUUGAAGACAAUUUUGACGAGGGAGACACUGAAGGUGAGUAUAAAAACCAAAAACAAAGGAUCGAGGAUACGUCUGUGAGUCAACGGAGGGGAAAAGAAAAGCGCUCUCCUGAUACUGCUAGCCUCUAAAAAAAAAAAAAAACUUAAAAAGGAAAAAAAAAAUUCAAGAAAAAUCCAGAAAAAAUCAAGAAUGAGAUCAAAACCAAAAAAACAAAACAAAAUCUAUGCCCCCCCCCCCCCAGAAGGAAAUUAAGAAAAAAGAAAAAAAAAAAACCCUCGUGGUUUUUCCCUCCCAUUGGAGGGUUUUUUUCCCCUCCUUGAGCCACCACCUUACCGUGGUGGAGGGGUUUGUGUGUCCCAAUGAUCCCAGGAGCUAAGUUGUCGAGGGCUUUAUGCCUAACCAUGGCAAACAGGUCCUAGGGGAGGGAUCAGACUAAGAGUGGCUCAAAAGGCGCCGGAGGAGAUAGCACACAAACUAUCAUCAUAUGACGGAUCCAACGCAAUGACACUCCACAAGUUGUCCUUCAGGUCGUUAGCUUUGAAAUCUUUGUGUCUUUUAUCAAAAAGCACUCUUUUGGCUGACACGUAAACAAUUAGCUGGUCCUCCAUGUUGGAUAUACCAGUGAAUCAGACAUCACAACAGCACGCAGUCUGAUUGGUCAGAAGUGGACACACAGUAUGCCAAUCUUGAGAAAAAUUGACCAUGAUCAAAAAAAAAAAAAAACCCUUGUGGCUUUCUGAUCCGCUCUCCUGAUCCAGCUAGCCUUUGUGGUUACAGCCAAAGACGAUCUCGACGAGGGAAAAAACACUGAAGGUGAGUAUAAAAACCAAAAACAUUGGAUCAAGGAUACGACUGUGAAUCAACAAAGAGGAAAAAGUGCUCUCCUGAUCCGGAUAGCCUCUGAGGCUACAGCCGUAGACGAUCUCAACGAGGGAAAAACACUGAAGGUGAGUAUAAAAUCCAAAAACACAGGAUCGAGGAUACGUCUGUGAAUCAACAGAGAGGAAAAAGCGCUAUCCUGAUCCCGCUAGCCUCUUAGGCUACAGCCGAAAAUAAUCUCGACGAAGUAAAAAAGGGCAUACUGCGGCUGAGCGAGGAUGAUGAGGGAAACACUGAAGGUUAGUAUAAAAACCAAAAACACAGGAUCGAGGAAAAGGCUUUGAAUCAACGGAGAGGAAAAGAAUCGCGCUCUCCUGAUCCUGCUAGCCUCUGCGGCUACAGCCGUAGACGAUCUCGACGAGGGAAAAACACUGAAGGUGAGUAUAAACACCAAAAACAAAGGAUCGAGGAUACGACUUUGAAUCAACAUAGAGAAAAAAAAAGGCGCUAUCCUGAUCUGGCUAGCCUCUGCGGCUACAGCCGGAGAGAAUCUCGACGAAGUAAAAAAGGGCAGACUGCGGCUGAGCGAGGACGACGAGGGAAACAUUGAAGGUGAGUAUAAAAACCAAAAACACAGGAACGAGGAAAAGGCUUUGAAUCAACGGAGAGGAAAAAAAGCGCUCUCCUGAUCCAGCUGGCCUCUACAGCUACAGCCGAAGACAAUUUCGACCAGGGAGACACUGAAAAAACUAAGUACACAGGAUCGAGGAUACGACUGUGAAUCGAAGGAGGGGAAAAGAAAUGCGCUCUCCUGAUCCGGCUAGCCUCUGCAGCUACAGCCUUAGAUGAUCUCAACGAGGGAAAAACACUUAAGGUGAGUAUAAGAACCAAAAACACAGGAUCAAGGAUUCGUCUGUGAAUCAACGGAGAGGAAAAAAAAGCGCUCUCCUGAUCCGGCAAGCCUCUGAAGCUACAGCCGAAAAUGAUCUCGACGAGGGAGACACUGAAGGUGAGUAUAAAAAUCAAGUACACAGUUCCGAGGAUACGUCUGUGAAUCAACGGAGAGGAAAAAGCGCUAUCCAGAUCUGGCUAGCUAGCGGCUACAGCGGUAGACGAUCUCAAUAAGGGGAAAAUACUGAAGGUGAGUAUAAAAACCACAAACACAGGAUCAAGGAUUCGUCUGUGAAUCAACAGAGAGGAAAAAAAAACGCUCUCCUGAUCCGGCAAGCCUCUGAAGCUACAGCCGAAGACGAUCUCGACGAGGGAAAAAAACUGAAGGUGAGUAUAAAAACCAAAAACACAGGAUCUAGGAUACGACUGUGAAUCAACGGAGAGAGAAAAAAAAAGCGCUAUCCUGAUCCGGCUAGCCACUGCGGCCACAGCCGAAGAUAAUCCGACGAGGGAGACACUGAAGGUGAGCAUAAAAACCAAAAACAAAGGAUCGAGGAUAUGUCUGUGAAUCAACGGAGAGGAAAAAGCGCUAUCCUGAUCUGGCUAGCUAGCGGCUACAGCCAUAGACGAUCUCGACGAGGGAAUAAAACUGAAUGUGAGUAUAAAAACCAAAAACACAGGAUCGAGGACUCGACUGUGAAUCAACAGAAAGAAAAAAAAAAGCGCUCUCCUGAUCCGGCUAGCCUCUGCGGCUACAGCCAAAGAGAAUCUCGACGAAGUAAAAAAGGGCAGACUGCGGCUGAGCGAGGACGACGAGGGAAAAACACUGAAGGUGAGUAUAAAAACCAAAAACACAGGAUCGAGGAAAAGGCUUUGAAUCAACGGAGAGGAAAGAAAAGUGCUCUCCUGAUCCAGCUAGCCACUGAGGCUACAGCCGAAGACAAUCUCGACGAGGGAAAAACACUGAAGGUGAGUAUAAGAACCAAAAACACAGGAACGAGGAUACGACUGUGAAUCAACGGAGAGAAAAAAAAAGCGCUCUCCUGAUCCCGCUAGCCUUUGCGGCUACAGCCGAAGACUAUCUCGACGAGGGAAAAACACUGAAGGUGAGAAUAAAACACCAAAAACACAGUAUCAAGGAUUCGUCUGUGAAGCAACGGAGAGGAAAAAGCGCUAUCCUGAUCUGGCUAGCUAGCGGCUACAUCCAUAGACGAUCUCGACGAGGGAAUAAAACUGAAUGUGAGUAUAAAAACCAAAAACACAGGAUCGAGGACUCGACUGUGAAUCAACAGAGAGAAAAAAAAAAGCGCUCUCCUGAUCCGGCUAGCCUCUGCGGCUACAGCCGAAGAGAAUCUCGACGAAGUAAAAAAGGGCAGACUGCAGCUGAGCGAGGACGACGAGGGAAACAUUGAAGGUGAGUAUAAAAACCAAAAACACAGGAUCGAGGAUACGACUGUGAAUCAACGGAGAGGAAAAAAAAGUGCUCUCCUGAUCCAGCUAGCCUCUGAGGCUACAGCCGUAGACAAUCUCGACGAGGGAAAAACUGAAGGUGAGUAUAAGAACCAAAAACACAGGAACGAGGAUACGACUGUGAAUCAAUGGAGAGAAAAAAAAAACGCUCUCCUGAUCCCGCUAGCCUUUGCGGCUACAGCCGAAGACUAUCUCGACGAGGGAAAAACACUGAAGGUGAGAAUUAAACACCAAAAACACAGGAUCGAGGACUUGACUGUGAAUCAACAGAGAGAAAAAAAAAAGCGCUCUCCUGAUCGGGCUAGCCUCUGCGGCUACAGCCGAAGAGAAUCUUGACGAAGUAAAAAAGGGCAGACUGCAGCUGAGCGAGGACGACGAGGGAAACAUUGAAGGUGAGUAUAAAAACCAAAAACACAGGAUCGAGGAUACGACUGUGAAUCAACGGAGAGGAAAAGAAAAGUGCUCUCCUGAUCCGGCUAGCCUCUGAGGCUACAGCCGUAGACGAUCUCGACGAGGGAGACACUGAAGGUGAGUAUAAAAACCAAAAACAAAGGAUCAAGGAUACGUCUGUGAAUCAAUGGAGAGGAAAAAGUGCUAUCCUGAUCUGGCUAGCUAGCGGCUACAGCCAUAGACGAUCUCGACGAGGGAAAAAAACUGAAGGUGAGUAUAAAAAACAAUUACACAGGAUCGAGGAUUCGUCUGUGAAUCAACGGAGGGGAAAAGAAAAGCGUUCUCCUGACUUGGCUAGCCACUGGAGGUGAGUAUAAAAACCAAUUACACAGGAUUGAGGAUACAACUGUGAAUUAAUGGAGAGGAAAAGAAAAGUGCUCUCCUGAUCCCGCCUGCCUCUGCGGCUACAUCCGAAGAUAAUCUCGACGAAGUAUAAAAGGGCAUACUGCGGCUGAGCGAGGACGACGAGGGAAACACUGAAGGUGAGUAUAAAAACCAAAAACAUUGGAUCGUGGAUACGACUGUGAAUCAACCGAGAGGAAAAAAAAACGCUCUCCAGAUCCGGCUAGCCUCUGCGGCUACAGCCGAAAACGAUCUCGACGAGGGAGACACUGAAGGUGAGUAUUAAAACCAAAAACACAGGAUCGAGGAUACGACUGUGAAUCAACGGAGAGGAAAAAGUGCUAUCCUGAUCUGGCUAGCUAGCGGCUACAGCCAUAGACAAUCUCGACGAGGGAAAAAAUCUGAAGGUGAGUAUAAAAACCAAUUACACAGGAUCUAGGAUACGACUGUGAAUCAACGGAGAGGAAAAAAAAGCGCUCUCCUGAUCCGGCUAGCCUCUGCGGCUACAGCCGAAGAGAAUCUCGACGAAGUAAAAAAGGGCAGACUGCGGCUGAGCGAGGACGACGAGGGAAAAACACUGAAGGUGAGUAUAAAAACCAAAAACACAGGAUCGAGGAAAAGGCUUUGAAUCAACGGAGAGGAAAGAAAAGUGCUCUCCUGAUCCAGCUAGCCUCUGAGGCUACAGCCGAAGACGAUCUCGACGAGGGAAAAACACUGAAGGUGAGUAUAAGAACAAAAAACACAGGAACGAGGAUACGACUGUGAAUCAACGGAGAGAAAAAAAAAGCGCUCUCCUGAUCCCGCUAGCCUUUGCGGCUACAGCCGAAGACUAUCUCGACGAGGGAAAAACACUGAAGGUGAGAAUAAAACACCAAAAACACAGGAUCGAGGACUCGACUGUGAAUCAACAGAGAGAAAAAAAAAAGCGCUCUCCUGAUCCGGCUAGCCUCUGCGGCUACAGCCGAAGAGAAUCUCGACGAAGUAAAAAAGGGCAGACUGCAGCUGAGCGAGGACGACGAGGGAAACAUUGAAGGUGAGUAUAAAAACCAAAAACACAGGAUCGAGGAUACGACUGUGAAUCAACGGAGAGGAAAAAAAAGUGCUCUCCUGAUCCAGCUAGCCUCUGAGGCUACAGCCGUAGACAAUCUCGACGAGGGAAAAACUGAAGGUGAGUAUAAAAACCAAAAACACAGGAUCUAGGAUACGUCUGUAAAUCAACGGAGAGGAAAAAGCGCUAUCCUGAUCUGGCUAGCUAGCGGUUACAGCCGUAGACGAUCUCGACGAGGGAAAAACACUGAAGGUGGGUAUAAAAAACAAAAACGAAGGAUCGAGGAUACGUCUGUAAAUUAACGGAGAGGAAAAGAAAAGCGCUCUCCUGAUCCCGCCUGCCUCUGUGGCUACAUCCGAAGAUAAUCUCGACGAAGUAUAAAAGGGCAUACUGCGGCUGAGCGAGGACGACGAGGGAAACACUGAAGGUGAGUAUAAAAACCAAAAACAUUGGAUCGAGGAUACGACUGUGAAUCAACGGAGAGGAAAAAGCGCUAUCCUGAUCUGGCUAGCUAGCGGCUAUAGCCAUAGACGAUCUCGACGAGGGAAAAAAUCUGAAGGUGAGUAUAAAAACCAAUUACACAGGAUCGAGCAUACGACUGUGAAUCAACAGAGAGAAAAAAAAAAAGCGCUAUCCUGAUCCGGCUAGCCUCUGAGGCUACAGCCGAAGACAAUUUCGACGAGGGAGACACUGAAGGUGAGUAUAAAAAUCAAGUACACGGGUCCGAGGAUACAUCUGUGAAUCAACGGAGAGGAAAAAGCGCUAUCCUGAUCAUGCUAGCUAGCGGCUACAGCCGUAGACGAUCUCGACGAGGGAGACACUGAAGGUGAGUAUAAAAACCAAAAACAAAGGAUCAAGGAUUCGUCUGUGAAUCAACGGAGAGGAAAAAGCGCUAUCCUGAUCUGGCUAGCUAGCGGCUACAGCCAUAGACGAUCUCGACGAGGGGAAAAAACUGAAGGUGAGUAUAAAAACCAAUUACACAGGAUCUGGGAUACGACUGUGAAUCAACGGAGAUGAAAAAAAAGCGCUCUCCUGAUCCAGCUAGCCUCUGAGGCUACAGCUGAAGACAAUUUCGACGAGGGAGACACUGAAGGUGAGUAUAAAAACCAAAAACAAAGGAUCGAGGAUACGUCUGUGAGUCAACGGAGGGGAAAAGAAAAGCGCUCUCCUGAUACUAGACACCAAAAACACAGGAUCAAGGAUUUGUCUGUGAAUCAACAGAGAGGAAAAAAAAACGCUCUCCUGAUCCGGCUAGCCACUGCGGCCACAGCCGAAGAUAAUCCGACGAGGGAGACACUGAAGGUGAGCAUAAAAACCAAAAACAAAGGAUCGAGGAUAUGUCUGUGAAUCAACGGAGAGGAAAAAGCGCUAUCCUGAUCUGGCUAGCUAGCGGCUACAGCCAUAGACGAUCUCGACGAGGGAAAAAAACUGAAUGUGAGUAUAAAAACCAAAAACACAGGAUCGAGGACUCGACUGUGAAUCAACAGAGAGAGAAAAAAAAGCGCUCUCCUGAUCCGGCUAGCCUCUGCGGCUACAGCCGAAGAGAAUCUCGACGAAGUAAAAAAGGGCAGACUGCGGCUGAGCGAGGACGACGAGGGAAAAACACUGAAGGUGAGUAUAAAAACCAAAAACACAGGAUCGAGGAAAAGGCUUUGAAUCAACGGAGAGGAAAGAAAAGUGCUCUCCUGAUCCGGAUAGCCUCUGAGGCUACAGCCGAAGACGAUCUCGACGAGGGAAAAACACUGAAGGUGAGAAUAAAACACCAAAAACACAGUAUCAAGGAUUCGUCUGUGAAUCAACGGAGAGGAAAAAAAAGCGCUCUCCUGAUCCGGCAAGCCUCUGAAGCUACAGCCGAAAACGAUCUCGACGAGGGAGACAUUGAAGGUGAGUAUAAGAACCAAAAACACAGGAUCGAGGAUACGACUGUGAAUCAACGGAGAGAAAAAAAAACCGCUCUCCUGAUCCCGCUAGCCUCUGAGGCUACAGCCGAAGAGAAUCUCGACGAAGUAAAAAAGGGCAGACUGCAGCUGAGCGAGGACGACGAGGGAAACAUUGAAGGUGAGUAUAAAAACCAAAAACACAGGAUCGAGGAUACGUCUGUAAAUCAAUGGAGAGGAAAAGAAAAGUGCUCUCCUGAUCCGGCUAGCCUCUGAGGCUACAGCCGUAGACAAUCUCGACGAGGGAAAAACUGAAGGUGAGUAUAAAAACCAAAAACACAGGAUCGAGGAUACGUCUGUAAAUCAACGGAGAGGAAAAGAAAAGUGCUCUCCUGAUCCGGCUAGCCUCUGAGGCUACAGCCGUAGACGAUCUCGACGAGGGAGACACUGAAGGUGAGUAUAAAAACCAAAAACACAGGACCGAGGAUACGCCUGUGAAUCAACGGAGAGGAAAAAGCGCUAUCCUGAUCUGGCUAGCUAGCGGUUACAGCCGUAGACGAUCUCGAGGAGGGAAAAAAUCUGAAGGUGAGUAUAAAAACCAAUUACACAGGAUCGAGGAUACGACUGUGAAUCAACAGAGAGAGAAAAAAAAAGCGCUAUCCUGAUCCAGCUAGCCUCUGAGGCUACAGCCGAAGACAAUUUCGACGAGGGAGACACUGAAGGUGAGUAUAAAAAUCAAGUACACGGGUCCGAGGAUACAUCUGUGAAUCAACGGAGAGGAAAAAGCGCUAUCCUGAUCUUGCUAGCUAGCGGCUACAGCCGUAGACGAUCUCGACGAGGGAAAAAACACUGAAGGUGAGUAUAAAAACCACAAACACAGGACCGAGGAUACGACUGUGAAUCAACGGAGAGGAAAAAAAAGUGCUCUCCUGAUCCAGCUAGCCUCUGAGGCUACAGGCGAAGACGAUCUCGACGAGGGAGACACUGAAGGUGAGUAUAAAAACCAAAAACAAAGGAUCAAGGAUUCGUCUGUGAAUCAACGGAGAGGAAAAAGCGCUAUCCUGAUCUGGCUAGCUAGCGGCUACAGCCAUAGACGAUCUCGACGAGGGGAAAAAACUGAAGGUGAGUAUAAAAACCAAUUACACAGGAUUGAGGAUACGACUGUGAAUUAAUGGAGAGGAAAAGAAAAGCGCUCUCCUGAUCCCGCCUGCCUCUGCGGCUACAUCCGAAGAUAAUCUCGACGAAGUAUAAAAGGGCAUACUGCGGCUGAGCGAGGACGACGAGGGAAACACUGAAGGUGAGUAUAAAAACCAAAAACAUUGGAUCGUGGAUACGACUGUGAAUCAACCGAGAGGAAAAAAAAACGCGCUCCUGAUCCGGCUAGCCUCGCCGGCUACAGCCGAAAACGAUCUCGACGAGGGAGACACUGAAGGUGAGUAUAAAAACCAAAAACACAGGAUCGAGGAUACGACUGUGAAUCAACGGAGAGGAAAAAGUGCUAUCCUGAUCUGGCUAGCUAGCGGCUACAGCCAUAGACGAUCUCGACGAGGGAAAAAAUCUGAAGGUGAGUAUAAAAACCAAUUACACAGGAUCUAGGAUACGACUGUGAAUCAACGGAGAGGAAAAAAAAGCGCUCUCCUGAUCCAGCUAGCCUCUGAGGCUACAGCUGAAGACAAUUUUGACGAGGGAGACACUGAAGGUGAGUAUAAAAACCAAAAACAAAGGAUCGAGGAUACGUCUGUGAGUCAACGGAGGGGAAAAGAAAAGCGCUCUCCUGAUACUGCUAGCCUCUAAAAAAAAAAAAAAACUUAAAAAAGAAAAAAAAAAUUCAAGAAAAAUCCAGAAAAAAUCAAGAAUGAGAUCAAAACCAAAAAAACAAAACAAAAUCUAUGCCCCCCUCCAGAAGGAAAUUAAGAAAAAAGAAAAAAAAAAACCCUCGUGGUUUUUCCCUCCCAUUGGAGGGUUUUUUUCCCCUCCUUGAGCCACCACCUUACCGUGGUGGAGGGGUUUGCGUGUCCCAAUGAUCCCAGGAGCUAAGUUGUCGAGGGCUUUAUGCCUAACCAUGGCAAACAGGUCCUAGGGGAGGGAUCAGACUAAGAGUGGCUCAAAAGGCGCCGGAGGAGAUAGCACACAAACUAUCAUCAUAUGACGGAUCCAACGCAAUGACACUCCACAAGUUGUCCUUCAGGUCAUUAGCUUUGAAAUCUUUAUGUCUUUUAUCAAAAAGCACUCUUUUGGCUGACACGUAAACAAUUAGCUGGUCCUCCAUGUUGGAUAUACCAGUGAAUCAGACAUCACAACAGCACGCAGUCUGAUUGGUCAGAAGUGGACACACAGUAUGCCAAUCUUGAGAAAAAUUGACCAUGAUCAAAAAAAAAAAAAAACCCUUGUGGCUUUCUGAUCCGCUCUCCUGAUCCAGCUAGCCUUUGUGGUUACAGCCAAAGACGAUCUCGACGAGGGAAAAAACACUGAAGGUGAGUAUAAAAACCACAAACACAGGAUCAAGGAUUCGUCUGUGAAUCAACAGAGAGGAAAAAAAAACGCUCUCCUGAUCCAGCAAGCCUCUGAAGCUACAGCCGAAGACGAUCUCGACGAGGGAAAAACACUGAAGGUGAGUAUAAAAACCAAAAACACAGGACUGAGGAUACGACUGUGAAUCAACGGAGAGGAAAAAAAAGUGCUCUCCUGAUCCAGCUAGCCUCUGAGGCUACAGCCGUAGAAAAUCUCGACAAGGGAAAAACUGAAGGUGAGUAUAAAAACCAAAAACACAGAAUCGAGGAUAUGUCUGUGAAUCAACGGAGAGAGAAAAAAAAAGCGGUAUCCUGAUCCGGCGAGCCACUGCGGCUACAGCCGAAGAUAAUCCGAUGAGGGAGACACUGAAGGUGAGUAUAAAAACCAAAAACAAAGGAUCAAGGAUACGUCUGUGAAUCAACGGAGAGGAAAAAGUGCUAUCCUGAUCUGGCUAGCUAGCGGCUACAGCCAUAGAAGAUCUCGACGAGGGAAAAAAACUGAAGGUGAGUAUAAAAACCAAUUACACAGGAUUGAGGAUACGACUGUGAAUCAACGGAGAGGAAAAAAAGUGCUCUCCUGAUCCGGCUAGCCUCUGCGGCUACAGCCGAAAACGAUCUCGACGAGGGAGACACUGAAGGUGAGUAUAAAAACCAAAAACAAAGGAUCGAGGAUACGUCUGUGAGUCAACGGAGGGGAAAAGAAAAGCGCUCUCCUGAUACUGCUAGCCUCUAAAAAAAAAAAAAAACUUAAAAAAGAAAAAAAAAAUUCAAGAAAAAUCCAGAAAAAAUCAAGAAUGAGAUCAAAACCAAAAAAACAAAACAAAAUCUAUGCCCCCCUCCAGAAGGAAAUUAAGAAAAAAGAAAAAAAAAAACCCUCGUGGUUUUUCCCUCCCAUUGGAGGGUUUUUUUCCCCUCCUUGAGCCACCACCUUACCGUGGUGGAGGGGUUUGCGUGUCCCAAUGAUCCCAGGAGCUAAGUUGUCGAGGGCUUUAUGCCUAACCAUGGCAAACAGGUCCUAGGGGAGGGAUCAGACUAAGAGUGGCUCAAAAGGCGCCGGAGGAGAUAGCACACAAACUAUCAUCAUAUGACGGAUCCAACGCAAUGACACUCCACAAGUUGUCCUUCAGGUCAUUAGCUUUGAAAUCUUUGUGUCUUUUAUCAAAAAGCACUCUUUUGGCUGACACGUAAACAAUUAGCUGGUCCUCCAUGUUGGAUAUACCAGUGAAUCAGACGUCACAACAGCACGCAGUCUGAUUGGUCAGAAGUGGACACACAGUAUGCCAAUCUUGAGAAAAAUUGACCAUGAUCAAAAAAAAAAAAAACCCUUGUGGCUUUCUGAUCCGCUCUCCUGAUCCAGCUAGCCUUUGUGGUUACAGCCAAAGACGAUCUCGACGAGGGAGACACUGAAGGUGAGUAUAAAAACCAAAAACACAGGAUCGAGAAUACGUCUGUGAAUCAACGGAGAGGAAAAAGCGCUCUCCUGAUCCCGCUAGCCUCUGACGCUACAGCCGAAGACGAUCUCGACGAGGGAAAAACACUGAAGGUGAGUAUAAAAACCAAAUACACAGGAUCGAGGAUACGACUGUGAAUCAACGGAGAGAGAAAAAAAAAGCGGUAUGCUGAUCCGGCUAGCCACUGCGGCUACAGCCGUAGACGAUCUCGAUGAGGGAAAAACACUGAAGGUGAGUAUAAAAACCAAAAACACAGGAUCGAGAAUACGUCUGUGAAUCAACGGAGAGGAAAAAAAUGCGCUCUCCUGAUCCAGCUAGCCUCUGAGGCUACAGCCGAAGACGAUCUCGACGAGGGAAAAACACUGAAGGUGAGUAUAAAAACCAAAAACACAGGAUCGAGGAUACGACUGUGAAUCAACAGAGAGAAAAAAAAAGCGCUAUCCUGAUCCGGCUAGCCUCUGCGGCUACAGCCGUAGACGAUCUCGACGAGGGAAAAACACUGAAGGUGAGUAUAAAAACCAAAAACACAGGAUCGAGAAUACGUCUGUGAAUCAACGGAGAGGAAAAAGCGCUCUCCUGAUCCAGCUAGCCUCUGCAGCUACAGCCGAAGACGAUCUCGACGAGGGAAAAACACUGAAGGUGAGUAUAAAAACCAAAUACACAGGAUCGAGGAUACGACUGUGAAUCAACGGAGAGAGAAAAAAAAAGCGGUAUCCUGAUCCGGCUAGCCACUGCGGCUACAGCCGAAGAUAAUCCGACGAGGGAGACACUGAAGGUGAGUAUAAAAACCAAAAACAAAGGAUCAAGGAUACGUCUGUGAAUCAACAGAGAGGAAAAAGUGCUAUCCUGAUCUGGCUAGCUAGCGGCUACAGCCAUAGACGAUCUCGACGAGGGAAAAAAACUGAAGGUGAGUAUAAAAACCAAUUACACAGGAUCGAGGAUACGACUGUGAAUCAACGGAGAGGAAAAAAAGCGCUCUCCUGAUCCGGCUAGCCUCUGCGGCUACAGCCGAAGACGAUCUUGACGAGGGAGACACUGAAGGUGAGUAUAAAAACCAAAAACAUUGGAUCAAGGAUACGACUGUGAAUCAACGGAGAGGAAAAAGUGCUCUCCUGAUCCGGAUAGCCUCUGAGGCUACAGCCGUAGACGAUCUCAACGAGGGAAAAACACUGAAGGUGAGUAUAAAAUCCAAAAACACAGGAUCGAGGAUACGUCUGUGAAUCAACAGAGAGGAAAAAGCGCUAUCCUGAUCCCGCUAGCCUCUUAGGCUACAGCCGAAAAUAAUCUCGACGAAGUAAAAAAGGGCAUACUGCGGCUGAGCGAGGAUGAUGAGGGAAACACUGAAGAUUAGUAUAAAAACCAAAAACACAGGAUCGGGGAAAAGGCUUUGAAUCAACGGAGAGGAAAAGAAUCGCGCUCUCCUGAUCCUGCUAGCCUCUGCGGCUACAGCCGUAGACGAUCUCGACGAGGGAAAAACACUGAAGGUGAGUAUAAACACCAAAAACAAAGGAUCGAGGAUACGACUUUGAAUCAACAUAGAGAAAAAAAAAGGCGCUAUCCUGAUCUGGCUAGCCUCUGCGGCUACAGCCGGAGAGAAUCUCGACGAAGUAAAAAAGGGCAGACUGCGGCUGAGCGAGGACGACGAGGGAAACAUUGAAGGUGAGUAUAAAAACCAAAAACACAGGAUCGAGGAAAAGGCUUUGAAUCAACGGAGAGGAAAAAAAGCGCUCUCCUGAUCCAGCUGGCCUCUACAGCUACAGCCGAAGACAAUUUCGACCAGGGAGACACUGAAAAAACCAAGUACACAGGAUCGAGGAUACGACUGUGAAUCGAAGGAGGGGAAAAGAAAUGCGCUCUCCUGACUUGGCUAGCCACUGCGGCUACAGCCGUAGACGAUCUCGACGAGGGAAAAACACUGAAGGUGAGUAUAAAAACAGAAAACACAGGAUCGAGGAUACGACUGUGAAUCGAAGGAGGGGAAAAGAAAUGCGCUCUCCUGAUCCGGCUAGCCUCUGCAGCUACAGCCUUAGAUGAUCUCAACGAGGGAAAAACACUUAAGGUGAGUAUAAGAACCAGAAACACAGGAUCGAGGAUACGACUGUGAAUCAACGGAGAGGAAAAAAAAGCGCUCUCCUGAUCCAGCUAGCCUCUGAGGCUACAGCUGAAGACAAUUUUGAUGAGGGAGACACUGAAGGUGAGUAUAAAAACCAAAAACAAAGGAUCGAGGAUACGUCUGUGAGUCAACGGAGGGGAAAAGAAAAGCGCUCUCCUGAUACUGCUAGCCUCUAAAAAAAAAAAAAAAACUUAAAAAAGAAAAAAAAAAUUCAAGAAAAAUCCAGAAAAAAUCAAGAAUGAGAUCAAAACCAAAAAAACAAAACAAAAUCUAUGCCCCCCCCCCCAGAAGGAAAUUAAGAAAAAAGAAAAAAAAAAACCCUCGUGGUUUUUCCCUCCCAUUGGAGGGUUUUUUUCCCCUCCUUGAGCCACCACCUUACCGUGGUGGAGGGGUUUGCGUGUCCCAAUGAUCCCAGGAGCUAAGUUGUCGAGGGCUUUAUGCCUAACCAUGGCAAACAGGUCCUAGGGGAGGGAUCAGACUAAGAGUGGCUCAAAAGGCGCCGGAGGAGAUAGCACACAAACUAUCAUCAUAUGACGGAUCCAACGCAAUGACUCUCCACAGGGAAAAACACUGAAGGUGAGUAUAAAAACCAAAAACAAAGGAUCGAGGAUACGACUGUGAAUCAAUGGAGAGGAAAAAAAAGCGCUCUCCUGAUCCAGCUAGCCUCUGAGGCUACAGCCGAAGAUAAUUUCGACGAGGGAAAAACACUGAAGGUGAGUAUAAAAACCAAAAACACAGGAUCGAGGUUUCGUCUGUAAAUCAACGGAGAGGAAAAGAAAAUCGCUCUCCUGAUCCCGCCUGCCUCUGCAGCUACAGGAGAAGAUGAUCUCCACGAGGGAAAUAUACAGAAGGUGAGUAUAAAAACCAAAAAUACAGGAUCGAGGAUACGACUGUGAAUCAAAGGAGGGGAAAAGAAAUGCACUCUCCUGACUAGGCUAGCCACUGCGGCUACAGCCGAAGAGAAUCUCGACGAAGUAAAAAAGGGCAGACUGCGGCUGAGCGAGGACAACGAGGGAAACACUGAAGGUGAGUAUAAAAACCAAAAACACAGGAUCGAGGAUACGUCUGUGAGUCAACGGAGGGGAAAAGAAAAGCGCUCUCCUGAUCCCGCUUGCCUCUGUGGCUACAGCCGUAGAUGAUCUCGACGAGGGAGACACUGAAGGUGAGUAUAAAAACCAAAAACACCGAAUCGAAGAUACGACUGUGAAUCAACGGAGAGGAAAAGAAAAGCGCUCUCCUGAUACUGCUAGCCUCUAAAAAAAAAAAAAAAAUUCAAGAAAAAUCCAGAAAAAAUCAAGAAUAAAAUCAAAAACUAAAAAAUCUAAAUCUAAAAAAAAAUCAAUGCCCCCCUAAAAAAUAAAUCAAGAAAAAAAAAAAAAAAAAAAAAAAAAACCCUUGUGGUUUUUCCCUCCCAUUGGAGGGUUUUUUUCCCCUCCUUGAGCCACCACCUUACCGUGGUGGAGGGGUUUGCGUGUCCCAAUGAUCCCAGGAGCUAAGUUGUCGAGGGCUUUAUACCUAACCAUGGCAAACAGGUCCUUGGGGAGGUAUCAGACUAAGGGUUGCUUAUUAGGGUGUUUUUUUAGCUAGAGAGAGACAAAGACAAGUUUUGUCAGACUUUAAAUAAAUAUGCUGGAAUUUGAUCUGAUCAAUACUAUACAGAAAUAAUAAAAUGUACUGGUAUCAAACAGUACUCACAAUCUGUGUGGUACCUCAUUUCUUACUGCAGUGCUAUCAUCUAGUCUAAUGCCAAGUGUACACUACAAUUUGAAGUUUAUUGAGCCACGAUUCUUUGAAUCCACACACACCCCACCUGUGAUGCACAAAAAGUGCGGUGGAGGGUUGAGAAUGUCCGGAUUGCUAAAGACUGCGUCUACCGCCUUCUGAGUUUCUAAAAACAGCCACUGCUGAGCAGCGAGGACAGCGCCUGCGUUCACGAGACAAAAAGGUCAACUCCCCCGCAGCUCCUUCGGCUUGUAAAAAUGGUUACCUAAAACUCACCUCUGCUACGCUGUCGUGAAAACGUUUGACUGAAAACCCCUGCUGUAUUCCUCUAUUGCACAGACUCUUUUCGCAGUACGGGCACUGGAUCCGCAGAGCGAAGGAAGAGGAAAUUCGUCUGUGAGGAAAAGAAAAGCGCUCUCCUGAUCGGCUAG